AUGGCUAAGGAUUUUAAGCAGGAGUGUUUGGACCAGUACACGAUCAUGUACAUUGCCUUGAAUGUUGCAAAGCAGCCCUGGAGGGUUACCAGUUCAUUUGUGCUGGGUUUCUGGUUGGACCGGACCGCUGUGCAUGAAGCUGCCCAGCUGGGUGAGACGCUGGAGUUGCAGCAGCUGAUAGAGGAUGGCGCCUGCGUCAACCAGGUGAUGGUGGACUCCAUCACGCCCCUGCAUGCCGCCAGUCUGCAUGGCCAGGCGCAGUGUGUGCAACUGCUGCUGGCCGCUGGGGCCCAGGUGGAUGCUCGAAACAUCGAUGGCAGCACCCCACUCUGUGACGCCUGUGCCUCGGGCAGCAUCGAGUGUGUGAAGCUGUUGCUCUCCCAUGGGGCCAAUGUCAACCCGCCCCUGUACACAGCAUCCCCCCUGCACGAGGCCUGCAUGAGUGGAAGUUCUGAAUGUGUAAAGCUCCUUAUUGAUGUUGGGGCCAAUCUUGAAGCGCACGAUUGCCACUUUGGGACUCCUCUGCAUGUUGCCUGUGCAAGGGAGCACCUGGACUGUGCUAAGGUGCUGCUCAAUGCAGGGGCCAAUGUGAAUGCUGCAAAACUUCACGAGACAGCCCUUCACCAUGCAGCCAAGGUGAAGAAUGUGGACCUCAUUGAGAUGCUCAUUGAGUUUGGAGGGAACAUCUAUGCCCGAGACAACAGAGGGAAGAAGCCUUCUGACUACACAUGGAGCAGCAGCGCCUCAGCCAAGUGCUUUGAGUACUACGAAAAGACACCUCUGACCCUGUACCAGCUUUGCAGAGUGAGCUUGAGGAAGGCCACUGGUGUCCGAGGACUGGAGAAAAUCGCCAAGUUGAACAUCCCUCCCCGGCUCAUUGAUUACCUUUCCUACAACUGA